UCGAACCACUGACAAUUGUGUUAUGAACCAACUCAGUCAUUUCUGAUGAUACUGAUAACAAAAAUAUUGAGUUGUGAUAAUAGCAUCAUCGGUGUUGCUAUAAAUAUAUCCUUGGUUAAAUAAACUGCCGCAACGCCCCUUAAAAGACGUUGACAGGAUGGCCGCCAACACCAACCUGCUCACCGACAAGGAGACCAUUAACUGGUUCAAGGCGUCCAUAGCACUCAAUGUGACGAAGCAAGGACUUACUCACUUUCUGGACACAGAAUUACAGAAUGUACACUGUGUUGUUGGUAGAAUUUGUGGAAACUGCCCAAUUGAAAAUCUUUUACCAGGUCACAAAUCACAGAAACCACAGCCGUGCCCAACAUGUGAUAAAGUUAAACAGAAUAUCAUAUCACAGCACAGAUAUGGUAGACCUUCCUGGAGGAACACUCGUGCGGAGAAAUGGGCACUCGACUAUUGGGAAAUAGGCAAAUGUUACCUCCCUCCGGAUGGAUAUAGUAGUGUUUCAUCGGUUCAGGAAUCGGACUUCAACGGCGUGAUAAGCAUCAUGUUAAAUUGCCUUCAUUUCCAGACUUGUCUCUCCUCCUCAUGUCUAUCACCUCCACCGCCUGAUAAGCAAUGUCUUCUAGAAAAGGUCCGACAGAUCGGCCGAGAUGUACGUCACACAGCCAACUGCAACGUUACAGAUGCUGACCUGCAGGACUAUUUCAAGACACUGUCCACGCUACUGGCUGAUCCAAAUGGCUUACAAAAUGAUCAUGCAGCAACUGCAGCAUGCACGAGACUAAGUGAUUUGCAGAAUAAUCGAAUGUUCAUGAAAGAAUUACGUGAGUUGUUGCAAGAGGCCUAUCAAACGCUCAAACAUGCGAAAGAGGCGGGCGAACGUAUUUCUGAGGAGGCAGAAAGGACCUUGGCAAAAGUUCUUGAUGAUGCUAUUCAGUUUGGGGAGCAACGCAUUCGAAAGAAGACUCAGGCUGGGGAACAUCGCCUAAAAAGCCAGACCCAUGCUGGACAACAACGUCUUAUAAACAGGACAAAAGUAGCGGAACAGCGCCUUGAAAGCAAGGUACACUUUGGAGAAGAACGCCUUGAAAGGAAGGCACAAAGUGGCGAAGACUGCAUUGAAAGCAAGAUACAACGUGGAGAAGAACGCCUUAAAAGCAAGGCAAAAAGUGGAAAAGAGCGAAUUGAAAGCAAGGCAAACAUUGGAGAAGACCGUAUUGAAAGCAAAACAAAACGUGGAGAAGAACGCAUUGAAGGCAAAAGACAAUGUGGAGAAGAAUGCAUUGAAAGCAAGGCAAAAAUUGGAGAAGAACGAAUUGAAAGCAAGGCACAACGUGGAGAAGAACGCAUUGAAAGCAGGGCGAACAUUGGAGAAGAACGCCUUGAAAGCAAAACGCAACGUGGAGAAGAACGCAUUGAAAGCAAGGCACACAUUAUAGAAGAAAACAUAGAAAAAAAGGCACAACGUGGAGAAGAACGCAUUGAAAGCAAGACACAACAUGGAGAAGAACGCAUUGAAAGCAAAACAAAACGUGGAGAAGAACGCAUUGAAAGCAAGGCAAACAUUGAAGAAGAACGACUUCAAAGCAAGGCACAACGUGGAGAAGAACGCCUUGUAAGCAAAACACAACGUGGAGAAGAACGCCUUGAAAGCAAGGGAAACAUUGAAGAAGAGCGACUUGAAAGCAAGGCACAACGUGGAGAAGAGCGCCUUGAAAGCAAAACACAACGUGGAGAAGAACGCCUUGAAAGCAAGGCAAACAUUGGCGAAGUGCGAUUUGAAAGCAAGGCAAACAUUAGAGAAGAGCGACUUGAAAGAAUGUUGCAACGUGGAGAAGAACGCACAGAAAUUCAGACGCAGUUUGGAGAACAACGCAUUGAAAGCAAGAUACACGAUGCGGAACAAUGCCUUGAACACAAGAUACAGGACGGGGCACAGCGCAUUGAAAACAGUGUACAGGAUGGCAUUAUUCGCAUGCAACAUGCAACAAACACAACUGCACAAGUAGACUACGAAAGAGGCAAAAAAGAUCUUCGUGGACGUUUGGUGGAACAUUACAAUGACCAUUCGAGCAAUGUGCCUAUUUCAAUAUUGGAUCAGAGUCUUGAUAAACGUAUUACAGAUAUAUAUGCAACGCCAAAAAUACACCGAAUCGAAAUAGCAAAGGACGGGAAACGCGAAAAAAAGGAGCAAGUAUGGACAUACAAAGAAAUCUUUUACACAGACGAUAAUAAGUCAAAUCGACGUAUAUUCGUACAAGGCGAGCCCGGUAGCGGCAAGUCUACGUUUGCAGCCAAGUUAGUUCAUGAUUGGUGCGACGGAAAUCCGCCUUCAGUGGACGCUUCUACCAAAAAUAAAGCGUUUGAUGACGUUAUAAUCAUACGUAAUUUCAAGUUCAUUUUUUUCAUCUCUUUGAGAGAAUCUAGAGGUCAGACCGACGUAACGCAUAUGAUACAGAAACAAUUAAUUGAUACAAUGUAUUCUGGACAGAAACGUGAUGCUCUGUACAAACUUUUACACCAGAUAAUAGAGACGGAAUUCUGCCUUGUGGUACGAGACGGUCUAGAUGAAUGGGUGGCUCCUGACGGUAGUAACAUGGCUGAACCUUCCAUGGCGGGAUUUCCAAAUGACAAGUGCACGGUUCUUACAACUUCUCGACCAUGGAAACUUGCUAAUGAACGUAUCAAGAAUUCACAAGUCGACAUCCUCCUAGAGAUGGAUGGGAUUGACGAUCCAGAUGCAUUUAGUGAAAGAAUACUGCGGUGUAUACUUGACGAUAGCAAGGAUCUAAAGACAACUGCGAUGGACAUAAGGAACUUUAUAUCGGUGUGUAAACUGACGGAAUUAUCAUAUUCACCGAUGUGGUACACACUUGUUAUCUGCACGUGGGUAAACAAGAUGGAGGAGGAGGAACAUUUGAAAGGGUCUUCCUUGUGUGCAUUAUGGACAACUUUGCUUGAAAGUCUCUGUAAAAAGGCAAACGAUACAACGGGCUAUUUUAACGACUUAAUCCCUCCUCCGGUGAAGUGUUUUGCUAGCACAAGUUAUCUGCAGCCGAUCAUUCAAAUCAUAAAUGUCAUAUCAAAAGCUGCGUUCCAUCUGUUGUUUUCUCCUGAACAGGAAACUUCUAUUGUAUUCAACGACCACAUAUUGUCUAACUAUGUUUCGAAAUCUGAAAGAGAGUUCGCUCUCAAAGCAGGAAUAUUAUCACAACGAAAAACUAAAAACAUUUCAAAUGCGUCUAUCUCAUUCCUGCACAAAAGCAUGCAGGAAUUCCUAGCUGCUUAUUAUAUCGCUCGCAAUGCCUAUUUGAUUGACGACGUCAUUUCCGGACACUUUAAUCGUCAUAAGGAAGCAUAUCUUGACAUAUCUCUGUUGUUCAUAUUCCUAUGUGGACUGAACAUAACGGCUGCCAAUAAGCUAUCUGGUAUGAUGGAUGAACAAAAUGACAGAAUGGUAAAUGAAUAUUGUGGUACUUUCGAUUUAUAUAAAGUCUUAACGUUUGAUGGUAUCCAGGGCAUCAUAGCGCCAGGAUACAGAGAAGCUGUUUUAAAUGAACAAACUAACAUUCGUCUCAGACUCAGUUACUUCAUUGUCAAUGGGAACAACUUAAGAGACAUUUACAACAUAUGGAAAGAGAACACGAGCAAUGCCCUGGCCUUAGACAUGACAAAUGAUACUGACAGUCAUAGUUCACCUGCACAUAGAGAUCAAACAUGUCCCGUUGAGUUUGACCUGUCAUCGUGCAUCAAACUAAAAGUAUUGAGACUUGAAGGAUGCUGCAUUAAAGAUUCUGCCAGUUCGGUCUCAUUCGCAUAUCAAGUCUACAUUGUUCAAAAUAGUGCAGAUCCAUCUCAAUAUGACGGCCCUCUUCAAAGUUUACCCUCCAUAGAAUACAUUAGGUUGCAAUCUGUCACAUGUUCCUGUACCUGGCUACGCAGUCUGUUCAGCACACUGCAGAAACUCGAUCAUGAGGUGGAGUGUAGGCUUAUGGAAUGCAACAUAACAUCCUAUGUAGAGGGCGCAGUCAGUGGGCCAGAUAUCAAGACAGGGGCAAUUUUAAAGUUCUUGAAGAAUAAAUCAAACAUGCUCGAAAUUAACAAAGAAAGUCUCAGUCUGUGGAAGGCUGUCCAUGGUAUGAACAUCAAAAACCUGAGGCUUCAAGGUGUGAACGUGAAUCAUACAGAGUCAAUGUUGCAGUCACUGUCAUCAUUCACUCAGCUGGAAACGCUUAGUGUUCACAUGUGUCAUAACAGCCCCAAUCUGUGGAAGGGUAUCCGUGGUCUUAAUAUCAAGAGCCUGAGUCUGAGUGGUUUGUUGGGAUUGAUGGAUGUUAAUCAAGUAGAGUCGCUGUCGCAGUCACUAUGUUCGUUCAAACAUCUGGAAACGCUUAGUAUUGGCAUGUGUAAUAACAGCCCAAAUCUGUGGAAGGGUGUCCGUGGUCUUAAUAUAAAGAGCCUGAGUCUGAAUGGUCUUUCGGGAUUGAUGGAUGUUAAUCAUGUAGAGUUGCUGUCGCAGUCACUAUGUUCGUUUAAACAUCUGGAAACGCUUAGUAUUACCACGUUUAAUGAGAGUCCUGAUCUGUGGAAGGGUCUCCGAUGUCUGAAUAUCAAGAGUCUGAAUCUGACCGGUUGUCUAAGACGGAUGAAUUUAAAUAAUGUAGAGUUGUUGUUGCAGUCACUGUCAUCGCUCAAACAACUUGAAACGCUAAGUAUUGAGAUGUAUGAUGACAAGCCCGGUCUGUGGGAAGGUCAGGGUCUUCAGGGUCUGAAUAUCAAGAGUCUGAGUCUGAGUAGUUGGUGGGGAACUAUGAAAGAUUUCCGCGUAAAGCCAAUUCCACCAGCGGAAUAUAUUUCCGUCCAACAGGAACUGGAGACUCUGAAAAAUAAGGCAGUACCAACAAUCAAAUUCGUCAAGGAAGGACAAACUGCCAAGAAGGCAAGAACCGCAGCAACAUCUAUCCUUGAUGAAUCAGAGCGUUGGGAGAUGAAGGUCGACCUAGGAAAACAGCUGGUAUUCCCAGACAUAGUCCAUACCACACAGAGACCAGACAUAGUUAUAUGGUCUCCCAAGGACAAGAAACUGGUGAUGAUAGAACUCACUGUACCCUGGGAGACUAGGUGUGAUGAGGCCUACGAGCGGAAAAUGGGAAAGUACACUGAGCUACAAGAACAGUGUAAAAGUCGCGGUUGGAGUGCCUGGCUGUUCCCCGUUGAAAUAGGGUGCAGAGAAUUUCCAGCCCAAUCAGUAUGGAGAAUGCUCAGCAACAUUGGGAUCAAGGGAGGUGACAGGAAGAGGGCUGUAGGCAGACUUGGACAAGCUGCGGAAAAAGCAUCCAACUGGCUGUGGAUGAUGCGAGAGGAGAAGAGCUGGACGCUAAACCACUGA